CGUCGCGUCCACGUCCACACCUACUGAACUCAAGCUUCAAGCUUGUACCGUUCCUUUCUUCGCGUUGUCCCAUGUUAACAUGAGUUAUUGUACCUCCGAAUCUCGUAUUCGUCUGCUUGCGAAGAGUUAUGUAACCCUCUAAGCACAGCCCAACCUAGCCACAGACGGAGCUUCAAGCCAGGGAACAAGUUCAUCGAUUUUCUAACACAAGAACCGCCAACUUGAUCUAUGCACAAAUAUUUACCUUGAUCUUGUUGAUAUUUCGAUUACCAAACUAUAGCGAGCGCGGCGUACAUAUAGCGCAAAUGUCACCGCUAUACGUUUACCAAGUUCACCUCUCACCCACACCCAUUCUCUACCAAUAUGUCAACAAUCUCAAAUGAUCCCGCGUGGUGGCCGUUCAUCGAUGUAUAUCGUUUUGCCAGCUAUUUUCCAGUUGCCGCCUUUGUUGGGGUGACGUAUGAUUGGUCGCUCACAUUCGGACAAGAGGUCGAACUCAUCUGGAGGCAACACUGGUCCCUAAUGACAGUUCUGUACCUCAGUGUGCGCUAUCUUGGAAUCUUAUAUGCUGUCAUGGGUAUCCUGGCGGCAUGCAGAGAGCGUUCCGACCAUCUCGCUGACAUAUACACAGUGGGUUUGGUUCUUUACUAUCAACUUCUUGGUUCGCUCAUAACUGCCACACUACACUGCCACAGAUGCUUGAUUAUAUCCAUCGUACAGAAUUGGAUAGGUGUGUUGGUAUUUGCACUGCUGUGGGUCAUCAUCAUCGCUCGGUUGCAUGCCAUGUAUCAACAAUCCAGAAAGAUCCUGAUAUUUCUCGUUGUCACCUUCCUCGCAAUCAACACUUUUGAUGGAGUGGCAGCCUUAACAUCAACGAUGCAUGCUUCAGGAGAGGAAUUCAUUCUCUCCGGCACCUACCAGUGCACGAUUGGCUAUACGGGAGAUGCCGUAGUUCUGGAUUCUGCUACUUGGAUACUCUCCAUUGUGUGGGAGGUCCUCACACUAUGUCUCGCAGUCUGGAUUGCGGUAAAACACUUCUGUGAACUGCGAUUACAUGCGGCAGGAGGGAUUAUCGGGGACUGUUUUACUGUGUUGAUGAAAACUCAUGUGGUUUACUUUGCGAGUUUUUUUUCUGUCUCUUGCUUCGAGCUCAUUAUUGAAUUCUCUUCAACAUCAUCAACGAGCCAAUAUCUCUUAGAAGAUCAGACUUUGUCUGGCUUGAGUCAGAUUUUUCACGUCGUGCAGAUGUUCGUGCUAGGACCACGGCUGAUCCUUGGCAUUCGAGAAUAUCAUGCCAAACUCGUGGCUGACUCCGAUGCAGCAACCGGCAUGACCUCAAUCGCUUUCCAAGAGCGUGUGCAUAUAACGACUAGCAGUAGUGUGUAAUGCUCAGUGAAGUUGGCGCGAACGGUUGUCUAGUGCUUGCAGGGAGCACGGGAAAUUUGUUUUUUUUGUUUCUAUUCCAAGCCUCGUUGCGGUGCUCAAGUAGUUAUUUAGUGUCACAAAAUAGAUGUCAAGGAGACAUAGGUUUAGGCGAUAUUUUCGUCGCAGUAUUUAUUCGAUUUAUUUGCUAUAGGUCUUGACAUUGACGAUG